CUAUAUUUUAAAAAAAAUAUAUGCAAGGGGGAAGGGAAGGGGGAGUUGUGCUUUCCAAAGAGGAGGCACUUCAUGAAGCUGAAAGCGUGUUUCCAAGUAAACUAAACUAAACUCCCGUUUCAUGCAGUUUGCUUGGAAGCUUUAACAGUAAACCUGGAAAGGUGUGCUAGCUGGCUAGCUAGGGUGAAAACGCUGUUCUUCAAGAUGGUUGCAACCAGCACCAUAAACAAUAAAAACUCUGCCUGUAUUUCUGAACUGAUACAGCAAAGCUUUCAGCAUGCAGCCUUAACUGACUUUGACUACUGGGAUUAUGUUGUGCCAGAACCCAACUUUAAUGAGAUGGUGUUUGAGGAACGGACAUGUCAGGGUCUAGUUAGGAUGCUGGAGACCUGUCUAUCAAAAUCAAAGCAGACCAAACUGCACUGUUCUAAGGUUCUAGUCCCUGAGAAACUAACCAGGAGGAUAGCACAAGAUGUCUUGCGUCUCUCUUCUACAGAGCCCUGCGGCUUACGAGGCUGCAUUAUCCAUGUCAACUUGGAAACUGGAAACAUAUGUAAAAAGCUGGAUAAGAUUGUCUAUGACCCUACGGUUGUUCCUACGUUUGAACUGACGCUGGUAUUCAAGCAGGACAGCUGCUCCUGGCCUAGUUUCAGAGAUUUCUUCCCCAGGGCUUGCUUCACAGCUGGCAGCAAACGCACUCUGAUCCUGAGUCCUGGCUUUCGGUUAAUUAAGAAAAAAUUAUAUUCUUUGAUUGGGACUGUUGUUGAAGAAUGCUAGGAACAUCUCCUUUAAAAAAAAACCCACUGUGUUAGAUACCUGAGCCUAGAGCUCUUGGAAAUAUGAAGCUUGAUACCUCAAUUUUUUAGAUGACUCUGGCUGGCCCUUUUGGCACAGCAGCCAUAAAUCCUUAUUGGCUGGCAAAAAUCUCAGUGCAGCUAGUUGGUUACUGGGUGGAACAAGAAGCACAGCUAUUGAUAUACUUGAAACAUUCCUUAAUUGGUUAGCAUCAGCUUGGCAAGUCUGUAAAGCCAGCUAUGCAGCCGCCUGUUGCUAGCUGCUGUCCUCAGUGCUAGCUGUAACCCUUUACCAUUUGGUUCUGGUGGCUUUUUUAAGCGUGCAGGGAAUCUAUAGCGCUUAGGUGCCUCCAGGCUUCCCAACCUUCAAGAAGGACUAGGGGAAGAUAGACCUACGUCCAAACUGCUGACAGUGUUUUCCCCUUAGUAUGUGGUAAUGGAUUAUUUUGCAAAUACCAAAGCUAUGGGAAGAUGCUGGUAGCAGCUUUUAGUAGCACCAAGGAAAAAAGGAGAAAUGCAUCCUUGGAAGGAGAUGCUAACUAGCAUGAGGGUUUGAAGCUAGUAUCGCUUGUGUUUAGCGAUGGCUGCUUUUCUAUGCAUGGUGAUCUGGUCAGACUUAACACUGUUUUCCUGUGAAGUAGGCAACAGUCUGACCUGUACGUGGGAUGUCUUCCUAAAGGAGUGAUUUAGAGAAGACCAGCUUGCCCAAAGUGUCUUGAAACAAUCUUACAAUUGCACUACAGCUCAACAGCAUGUCUCAAAUGCUGGAAAUGUUGUAGUGCUUUGUGUUAUUUUAAAUGUGCAGAAGUGUGAAUGUGGCUCUGAGUUCUAAAUGUUUGUUUACUUUGGGUUGGAUCCUAUGACUCUCUUCCAUCAAGUUAUCUCCAUUGGAGGAAGUCUUUCUCCCUUGAAGGAAGACUUGGAAAUCAUAGAAUCCAACCUCUUGUAUUUAAUUUUGCUGCAGAAAUAUUGGUUAGUCUUGUAUGGAAAACCCCAACUACCUCAAUUCCAUUUUGCAAAGAGAAGUUAUCAUACCAAAAGGCUCUUUUCCCCUCCCCACAACCCAUCUGCACUUCAGACGUGCACCAGCACAGCUGAGUUAACCUUUACAAUCUACAGAGCAAGUUCUACGUAAGGCUCUUCAUACAAGCUUAUUCCUCUUCUCUUUAUUGCUCUUCCAGUCCUUGGCUGAAGCUGGAAGCUUCCUCAGUACACCCUGUGAUAGAUUUGUUCUUAAAUGAACUGGGGUGUAGAAUCCAGUUCUUCAGCUGUCCUCUCUUGCCUCGGCUUGGAUCCUCUAUUGAUUCCUAAACUGUAAACAUCCACACUUCUUGCCGGGGUGUGUGUGUGUGUCAUCACAUUGUAAAGCUAGCAAAGGAAUCCAACGUCUAUUGUGGUCUGCCAGGAGAUCUUUCUGUACUCUAGAUUUUGCAAUCUGCUGUAAGCUUUUCCUAGUUUGUGUUUAAACAAUAAGGGGUAGUAUGUGUGCUUCCAUUUUCCAGAACAGAAACCUGUUAAUAAGUGGUGCUUCCGUUGUUUAGGAAAAUACCUCUUGGGGGACCAGGUGCUAAAUGGAAUGGAAGCAACCCUGCAAUGGGCUAUAAAGAAGAGAUUUCAGUAGUAGACAUAGCUUGUAUUAGGCAUUCGGGCUACUCUUGUAUGUUGCCCUGGGCAAAAAAGCUAACGUGGGACCCCUAAACUGUCUGCUUGUGACAGUUCUGGUGGCUGAUGUCAGGGAGAAACUGAUCUGGACGUAUACAGAUAUUUCAGAUCUGUUGCCCUGUACUGCAAGUGUUUGAAUUAUCAUAUUAGAAUAUAUGGGUCAAAUAACUAAUAACAUGUCAGUGGAGAGGUUAUAUAGUGGUCAACACAAGCACCCACCUCUCAGGCGCGAGGCACUGUUAUGUAGCUGAUUCUAUUUCAGACAGAUACUGCCGUGCUCCAAACUCCUGCGCCCCUAAACUGUGGGUAUAGGACCAUUGCAAACUGGUGUUGCACUUACUGCUUUUCAGCUUCUGGUGUCAAAAUACCAUUUUGUGUACACAUGUUUGUGUUUUUGGAUUUGCACUGAUAACUGCUUGGAAUCAUUAAAUGUCAAUGGGUCAUGCCUUGCCUUGGUGUGAUCUUAAUAACUUACCUGUAUUGGUCUUAGAAAUCAAUGUUUUUUAAAUUAAAGUCUGUAAAUAAAGGAAUAUUUUAAAUUCUCA